ACCAACUCAGAUAAUUCUUCUAUUUAUUCAUUUUCAAUUUAUGGUCCAAUAUUAUUAGAUCUUUCUCUCAUUUUCUUCUACAUCUUCACUCUGCUUCGUAUCUCUUUCUCUCUCUCUCUCUUUUCAUCUUCGCUUCGCUUCAGAUCGAGAAGAAGCUCAGUAAUGGGUGUUGCACAAGAAAACCAUGGCUUGGAGGAGGGAAAUUUGGAGAUCGGGAUGGAGUAUAGAACUGUCUCCGGGGUUGCUGGACCAUUGGUCAUUCUUGAGAAAGUGAAGGGACCUAAAUAUCAGGAGAUUGUUAAUAUUCGUUUGGGAGAUGGAACAACUAGACGUGGUCAAGUCCUAGAAGUUGAUGGAGAGAGAGCGGUUGUUCAGGUUUUUGAAGGAACAUCCGGCAUCGACAACAAGUUUACGACUGUGCAGUUUACAGGAGAGGUUUUAAAAACUCCGGUCUCCUUGGAUAUGCUUGGACGCAUUUUCAAUGGUUCUGGAAAACCUAUUGAUAAUGGACCCCCUAUUUUGCCUGAGGCGUACUUGGAUAUAUCUGGGAGUUCUAUCAAUCCUAGUGAGAGAACAUAUCCUGAAGAAAUGAUUCAAACUGGGAUUUCUACAAUUGAUGUCAUGAAUUCCAUUGCUAGAGGACAGAAGAUCCCACUUUUCUCUGCUGCUGGUCUUCCUCAUAAUGAAAUUGCUGCUCAAAUCUGUCGUCAGGCUGGUUUGGUUAAGCGGUUGGAGAAAACUGAAAAUCUUCUUGAGCAUCACGAAGAGGACAAUUUUGCCAUUGUGUUUGCUGCUAUGGGUGUCAACAUGGAGACAGCACAAUUUUUCAAGCGUGAUUUCGAGGAAAAUGGCUCAAUGGAGAGAGUGACUCUUUUCUUGAAUCUGGCAAAUGACCCUACAAUCGAACGUAUCAUCACUCCCCGUAUUGCUCUUACCACUGCUGAGUAUUUGGCAUAUGAAUGCGGGAAGCACGUUCUUGUCAUCCUUACAGAUAUGAGUUCUUAUGCUGAUGCUCUUCGUGAGGUAUCUGCUGCUAGAGAAGAAGUACCCGGUAGGCGUGGGUAUCCUGGGUAUAUGUAUACCGAUCUUGCUACAAUCUAUGAGCGUGCAGGAAGAAUUGAAGGGCGAACAGGUUCCAUCACCCAGAUUCCAAUUUUAACUAUGCCUAAUGAUGAUAUUACGCAUCCUACUCCUGAUCUUACUGGAUAUAUUACCGAGGGGCAGAUAUAUGUUGAUAGGCAACUCCAAAACAGACAGAUAUACCCUCCCAUCAACGUGCUUCCUUCCCUGUCUCGUCUUAUGAAGAGUGCCAUUGGUGAGGGAAUGACUCGCAGGGAUCAUGCUGAUGUAUCCAACCAGCUCUAUGCAAAUUAUGCUAUUGGGAAGGAUGUCCAGGCCAUGAAGGCUGUGGUUGGAGAAGAAGCACUUUCUUCUGAGGAUCUGCUAUAUUUGGAGUUCUUGGACAAAUUCGAGAGGAAGUUUGUAGCACAAGGAGCAUACGACACCCGCAACAUCUUCCAGUCACUUGAUUUGGCAUGGACACUGCUUCGCAUCUUCCCCCGAGAGCUUCUUCAUCGUAUUCCGGCAAAGACCCUUGACCUGUACUACAGCCGAGAUGCAGCUAACUGAGAAUGAUGAAGACACCAUAUAUUAUACUGUACUCUGCCGCGAAUGAGCCCUGAGAUUUGCUUAUUUAUUCGUUUUCUUUCCCCCUGGUAGAUUGCACCUUGUUCCUUUUUAAAAAAAAUCCAGUAUAAAUAAUAAAGGUGGCGGUCUUAGUUGAGCCCCCGAUUAGCUUGUCGGCUAUAGUCAAAUUUGACACCAAGAUUCUUUUUUUUGUGAGAACAUUAUUUUUUAGAUGUUGUAAUUUUUGUAUGUCUAUGCUCUCUCAUCUAUUUGUGUCUCAAUGUCACCCGGUUUGGUUUGGGGGUAUGGCUUUUGAUGUUUCCUUGAACUGAAUUUUUGAGGAAAAUUUAAGGGCAGUAUAUGCUGCCUCUUUUGUCAUUUUAUUAAAUAUUAAUUUAUAUAUCCUGUAAUUUGACA